AUGCCAGCAAAAACUAAAACACGAGAUUCGAUAAAUGAAAAAGAAAAAGAAACAACGGUGUCAGCACAACCAUCAACGACGGUUGGAUCUACUGUUCAAAUGAACGAUACCAUGUCUAUUGAUGCUGACGUUGGCGGGCCAACACCAAUCAAUAAAUUAGAUAAAUCGUGCGGCAUUGGUAACGCUGAUUUGAAAAAAUUGCAGGAAGCUGGAUUUUGUACAGUCGAAUCAAUUGCGUUCGCACCACGGAAAAGUUUACUAGCUGUUAAAGGUAUCAGUGAUGCCAAGGCUGAUAAAUUAGCUGCUGAAGCAGCAAAAUUAAUACCAAUGGGCUUUACAACAGCUACUGAAUAUCAUCAGAAACGAUCAGAAAUCAUUCAAUUAACAACCGGAUCAAAAGAACUCGACAAACAAUUACAAGGUGGUUUUGAAACGGGUUCAAUCACUGAAUUGUAUGGUGAAUAUCGUUGUGGCAAAAGUCAACUAUGCCAUCAAGUUGCUGUGACUUGCCAAUUACCUAUCGAUAUGGGUGGUGGCGAAGGCAAAGCAAUCUAUAUUGAUACCGAAGGAACUUUUCGACCUGAACGGUUAUUAGCCAUUGCUGAACGAUAUGGUCUUUCUGGUCAAGAUGUUCUUGAUAACAUUGCGUACGCUCGUGCCUAUAACACAGAUCACCAAAUUCAAUUAUUGUAUAUGGCUACAGCUAUGAUGUGUGAAUCAAGAUAUGCUGUGUUAAUUGUCGAUAGUGCCACAUCACUUUUUCGAACGGAUUAUUCCGGUCGUGGAGAAUUAGCAAAUCGACAAAUGCAAUUAGCCAAGUUUAUGCGUAUGUUAUUACGUAUAACUGAUGAGUUCGGCGUUGCUGUUAUUCUUACUAAUCAAGUUGUUGCUCAAGUCGAUGGUCAAGCAAUGUAUGGUGAUCAAAAGAAACCCAUUGGUGGCAAUAUUAUGGCUCAUGCGUCAACAACACGACUCUAUUUGAAGAAAGGCAAAGGUGAUUCUCGUAUAUGUCAUGUUGCCGAUAGUCCAUGUUUGCCUGAAACAGAUGCAGUUUUUGCUAUCGGACCAGAAGGUAUCGUCGAUGCAGCACCGAAAGAUCUAAAUUAA